AUGAAAGCUCAACCAAUUCCUCCGGAAUUGACGAUUAAACUGUUGGGCAAUCGAGUGGCCGUUUCACCGAUAGUUACCGUGGAACCGAGACGACGGAAAUUCCACAAGCCCAUCACUUUGACAUUACCUUUGCCACAGGCAGCAUCCAAAGGCAUGAUCAACCAUUACACGGGAGACGCACCAACACUACGGUUACUCUGCAGCAUAACAGGAGGAACUUCCAGAGCUCAGUGGGAAGACGUAACUGGUUCGACACCUUUAACGUUUAUAAACGACUGUGUGUCUUUUACUACGACAGUAUCUGCUCGAUUUUGGUUGAUGGACUGCCGGAAUGUGGCAGACGCAUCGAAAAUGGCGACGGAACUGUAUCGCGAAGCGAUUCACGUACCGUUUAUGGCUAAGUUCGUGGUGUUUGCCAAGAGGACGGACGUGAACGAAGCCCGAAUCAGACUGUUUUGCAUGACUGACGAUAGGGAAGAUAAAACUCUAGAACACAAAGAACAAUUCACCGAGGUUUCAAAUAGCAGGGACGUAGAAGUACUCGAAGGCAAACCGGUGUACAUUGAGUUUGCUGGUAACCUAGUGCCCGUCACCAAGUCCGGCGAACAGCCCAAACUAGUAGUCCGAGCUUUCAAAGAAAACAGACUACCAUUUACGAUGCGCGUGAAAGAUCCAACAGCAGAACCUCGAUCGUGGACUAUUAUUAUGAAAGAGCCAAAGGUUUCUAAGAACGAAGUAUCCCAAACGCCAGUUUGUGUUUUACAAUUUGCAUUACCCGAAAAUAUUGUACCUGACACUGACAUCAACGAUGAUGAACAAUAUAAUUUCUCAUACACACAUGACUCUAACCUGGAACCCAAUAAACGCACUGAACUCAGGAUAACUGAUAUAAGUAACUUUGUAUCGGAUGAUUGGGUAAGUCUAGCGCAUGAACUAGGGUUCCAAUCAAAUGAAAUCGCUCAAAUUAAAAAGGAAUAUCCAGAGAGCAGCAGUCAACAAUGUAUGAGCAUGUUAAACCUUUGGAUGAACGAAAUUUCUGCACAAGAUUCGGUUUUUACUAUUAAUACAGUUACAGCAUUAGAAAGUGCGUUGAGCAAUAUAGGACGUACAGAUGUGGUAGAAAAAUGUAAUUUUGCAGAAAUUGGACACUAUCAAACCCAAAAACCUAUUCAUGCAGAGUCUAACCAACAACAUAGUUAUCGUCCUGACGACAAGUACGCUGCCGAAGAAAAGGUGGUCAUCGAAGAUGAAAUAACCAAAACGGUCACUGAGAGACGGAUAGAAAUUGAACAAAGAAUUACUGGUGAGCCAGUGAUUAUUGAAAAGAAAUCAGAACCACCAGUUAAGAAAGAACAAGAUACCUCCACAAAAACUGAAGAGUUACCUGCUGAACCCAUCGAACCAACUGAAGUUUCAUUUGAACACAAAAGAAUGUCGUUUGAACGAGGAGUGUCUAUCGAUCAAGUGCUACAAGAGGAUAUUCCAGUUAAGGAAAAACCAAAAUCGUUAGAAGAAAAGAAAAUGGAGUCAAUUGAAGAACACGGACGUGAUGUAGAUGUGGAUGCGACCAGUUUGACAUUCCACGAGAAAAGACUUUCAUUUGAACAAGGAAUACCAGUUAAGGAAAUUAUACAAAAGAAAACCGAGGAAACUGUAUCGGAAAAUGUGGCCGAAUGUACAAAUGAUCCAGAAUGCUUAAGUGAAACUGAAAAAUCUUUGACAAAGAGUGAAACAACGUCUUCGAUGUAUGAAAACGACGACAUAAUUCCUGACCUAAAACCAGAGACAACCAGCGGUAUUGAUCGAAGCGAUCAAGAUAAAGCUGAAAAGAAAAGACGAGAUUCGACGUUAUUAGAAGAAGUGACUCAAGGCUUAGAGAAAUUGGAUGCGUCCGGUCUGAAUGUAGAAGAAAAAACUGCUCUACUGACGCCACAAUCUUCCAAAACUCCACCACCCAGCCCAGCAGAUUUUAAGGAUAUACAGCGAAAAUCAUCAGAAGAAAUAGUUAUUUCAAAAGAAGUUAUAGAGCCCACAGCAUCCUGGCCACAGGAUAAUGACGAUUUGCUGGAGGUCCACGGUUUCGGUGAGCAUUUUAAUGGUAUCGAAACGCCAAAUUUGGCUAAAUCAAAACACCCCAAAUCAUUGGCUGACAUUGAUGACGAAUUUGAGGAUCGGUCGGUUGUCAUACACCCUAUUUUUGAUCAAUUAAAAAUUGACCCGAGAGAACAGUUACAAAUUAACAAACGACUAGACGAUUCGCCUGCAUUUGAUAGUCCACUAACGGAUAAAAGCAUAUCUCAUGUUGAUACAGGAAUAAGUUUAACAAGAGAAUAUUCUGAUACGUUAACGAGUUCGGGAUUUAAAACCAAACCUAAACAGGAUACGCCCUUCGAUGAAGAGGCCGAACUCACUGAUUCUGGUCUUAGUCCAAUUCAACCUGAUGACGUCGGGCUUAAUGCAAAUGAAAUAUCAGAUAUUAAAAAGAAAAUUGACAUGUAUGAUGCUGCAAACAGUCCAAUAACAUUCUCUGAAUCAGUUAGCCUUUCUCCUUUCGAAUCAGAAACUACUGAUGUGGCUACAAUUACGGAAACAAUACGCACAAUAGACGUGGCUAAUAGCCCCAUAGAAUAUAAAUGUCAAAGGCCCUCAGGCUCCAAAAUUUACGACUUAGUGGAACAUACUGUUUCAACGGAUACAAGCACUAAGUUUAACUUAGAUAAACAAAUUAUAACUCAGAAAAACAGUGAUACGCCUGAAAUAUUGAAAUCUAUCCAAAUGGAUAUCGCUGCACCAAAAGAUGAAACUGAGGUAAAAAAAGAAGUUGAAGAGAUCAUUACCAAAACAAUAAUAGAUACAGGAGAUAAGAAAAUAGAAGAUAUAAAAACCUCGCAAAGUAAUAAGAAAACAAUCAAAGCGCUAAAAGCCAUAAUUGACAUAGAAGAAACAGAACAAAAUGAAAUACAUGAUAGGUUAAUGAAAACGAAUAAACUAAUCACAGAUUUAGAAGUCAACAAAAUACCUGUAAUAGAAAAAAUAAUUGUUCCGAAAUUCAUUAAAACUUCUACUGUUAAUGAACAAUCUGAUGAGCUGGAUCCAUCAUACAUCAAUAAUAAAAGUGACAAUACUAAAGGCGGCCUAGAAUAUAAUACAGCAAAAACAGCUAGUAAUCCAGUUAGUAUUUUUGAAGAUGAAGAUGAAGAACAGGAAUCUGAAAUUUUCGAAAAAUUUACAAAAAAACACCUAAAAAAAACGGUUGACUUAGCUAGAGUGGAUGACAACAGGGGUAAAAGUGAAAAAGACGAGAAUCAAGAUGAAAAUGCAGUUAUGGUUAAUAAAAAUGAAAAUGAGUUAAAAUGUACUAGCGUGGGAGAAAAAUCACAUAAAAGUGUUUCAAAAACUAUAGAGAAAGGUUUAAAAGAUAUUACAAAAACACUCACUAGUAUUGUUAAGACAAUGGACGUAAAAGAGAGUUCAACUAAAAGUAAAGGAAAAGAGAAAGAGAAAGAAAAAGAGAGUGUAGAUUACGAUUUUAAAAAAAGUUUGCAUAAAGAAAAUCUCUCGUUUGAAAUAACAGAAACACCCUUUUCAAAAGAUUCAUUAGAUAUGGGCUUAUCCGACUCAGCAGGUACAAAAACUACUUACCAAAAUAAAUUCAAAGGCUUAACGCACACUCCUGAUAAUUCAUUACUAUCCAAUGAACCUGAUAGAAGUAUGAAUGAAAAAAUUGAAGUGCAAACUCCAGUAGACAACAUUUCUAAAAAAAACAAUAUAAUAUGGGUAGUUAAUGAAGGUAACCAAAAUGAACAAAAACAAACAACUAAUACUACAUUAAAAACUAAACCGACAAAAACUGACUACUUAACAUUGCAUACAACUGUAGCUAAUAUUCCCAAAGGAAUUGUACGUCACAAAGAUGUAAGGGAUGGUCAAAAAAUCUAUCUUGAAGAUUACUUAAAACAGGAUUUUAAAAACGAACUCACCAAAGAUACUUGUACAACUGAACAGACACCAUUUAAUAAUUCUAAAAUAAUGAAUAUAGAAUUAACAAAACAAUCAGAUAAAAAGGAACUUUAUGUUAAAAAAGAAGAAACAUUUGUCGACAUUCAAACACAUAAAAUAAUAAAAGAAAAUAAGGAUGAAUGUACUAAAGAAAACUGUAGUAAAAGUAACACAAAUAAAAUUACAAAGAAACAAUUAAUCAAAACCGCAUCAUUAGAAAAGGAAGUUGUAGAAGACGAGUCUAAGUCCCUUGACCAUUUCAUAUUAUGUGACCCAAAAAAAAGAGAAAUUAUACCCGACAACUACUCAACUAAAACAUCUAAUAUACAUAAAACUGGCACAGUAACAACAAUAACCAAUAAUACAAUAGAGAUACAAAAUAAUGUAUUCAAAUCAGUAACAGAAAGCUUAAUAGAAACAAAAACACCGACAGUUUCGAAAGAGCCAACUCCCGACGCGACAAAUAUUACUGAAACUACCCCUAAAUUUGAUAUUUCCUCCGAUACUAAAAGAACAUCUGAAUUAAAAACAAUUAAGGAUACCACUGAUAAAGUGGUUUCUGAACAUUCCUUAUCUGCUACAGUUUCAGUAAUGUCCACCCCUGACACAAAAGAUACAACUAAGACUUCCUCUAUCUCUGACAAACUUAAAGAUAUCAAAAUGAUAUCUGAAAUAACAUCUAAAGAAGUCACCUCUGAUAAAAUCGCUUCUGAACAUUCCUUGUCACCGACAGUUUCGUUAGAGUCAACUUCCGAAGCGACAGAUAUUACUGAAACUACCCCUAAAUUUGAUAUUUACUCCGAUACUAAAAGAACAUCUGAAUUAAAAACAAUUAAAGAUACCACUGAUAAAGUGGUUUCUGAACAUUCCUUAUCUGCUACAGUUUCAGUAGUGUCCACCCCUGACACAAAAGAUACAACUGAGACUUCCUCUAUCUCUGACAAACUUCAAGAUAUCAACAUGAUACCUAAAAUAACAACAAAAGAGGACUCCUCUGAUAAAAUAGCUUCUGAACUUUCCUUGUCACCGACAGUUUCGAAAGAGCCAACUCCCGACGCGACAGAUAUUACUGAAACUACCCCUAAAUUUGAUAUUUACUCCGAUACUAAAAGAACAUCUGAAUUAAAAACAAUUAAAGAUACCACUGAUAUAGUAGUUUCUGAACAUUCCUUAUCUGCUACAGUUUCAGUAGUGUCCACCCCUGACACAAAAGAUACAACUGAGACUUCCUCUAUCUCUGACAAACCUAAAGAUAUCAACAUGAUACCUAAAAUAACAAAAAAAGAGGACUCCUCUGAUAAAAUAGCUUCUGAACUUUCCUUGUCACCGACAGUUUUGAAAGAGCCAACUCCUAACGCGACAGAUAUUACUGAAACUACCCCUAAAUUUGAUAUUUACCCCGAUACUAAAAGAACAUCUGAAUUAAAAACAAUUAAAGAUACCACUGAUAUAGUGGUUUCUGAACAUUCCUUAUCUGCUACAGUUUCAGUAGUGUCCACCCCUGACACAAAAGAUACAACUGAGACUUCCUCUAUCUCUGACAAACUUCAAGAUAUCAACAUGAUACCUAAAAUAACAAAAAAAGAGGACUCCUCUGAUAAAAUAGCUUCUGAACUUUCCUUGUCACCGACAGUUUCGAAAGAGCCAACUCCUGACGCGACAGAUAUUACUGAAACUACCCCUAAAUUUGAUAUUUACUCCGAUACUAAAAGAACAUCUGAAUUAAAAACAAUUAUGGAUACCACUGAUAUAGUGGUUUCUGAACAUUCCUUAUCUGCUACAGUUUCAGUAGUGUCCACCCCUGACACAAAAUAUACAACUGAAACUUCCUCUAUCUCUGACAAACCUCAAGAUAUCAACAUGAUACCUAAAAUAACAACAAAAGAGGAUUCCUCUGAUAAAAUAGCUUCUGAACUUUCCUUGUCACCGACAGUUUCGUUAGAGUCAACUCCCGAAGCGACAGAUAUUACUGAAACUACCCCUAAAUUUGAUAUUUACUCCGAUACUAAAAGAACAUCUGAAUUAAAAACAAUUAAGGAUACCACUGAUAUAGUGGUUUCUGAACAUUCCUUAUCUGCUACAGUUUCAGUAGUGUCCACCCCUGACACAAUAUAUACAACUGAAACUUCCUCUAUCUCUGACAAACCUCAAGAUAUCAACAUGAUACCUAAAAUAACAAAAAAAGAGGACUCCUCUGAUAAAAUAGCUUUUGAACUUUCCUUGUCACCGACAGUUUCGAAAGAGCCAACUCCUGACGCGACAGAUAUUACUGAAACUACCCCUAAAUUUGAUAUUUACUCCGAUACUAAAAGAACAUCUGAAUUAAAAACAAUUAAAGAUACCACUGAUAAAGUGGUUUCUGAACAUUCCUUAUCUGCUACAGUUUCAGUAGUGUCCACCCCUGACACAAAAGAUACAACUGAGACUUUCUCUAUCUCUGACAAACCUAAAGAUAUCAAAAUGAUAUCUGAAAUUACAUCUGAAGAAGUCACCUCUGAUAAAAUAGCUUCUGAACUUUCCUUGUCACCGACAGUUUCGUUAGAGUCAACUCCCGAAGCGACAGAUAUUACUGAAACUACCCCUAAAUUUGAUAUUUACUCCGAUACUAAAAGAACAUCUGAAUUAAAAACAAUUAUGGAUACCACUGAUAUAGUGGUUUCUGAACAUUCCUUAUCUGCUACAGUUUCAGUAGUGUCCACCCCUGACACAAAAGAUACAACUGAGACUUCCUCUAUCUCUGACAAACCUAAAGAUAUCAACAUGAUACCUAAAAUAACAAAAAAAGAGGACUCCACUGAUAAAAUAGCUUCUGAACUUUCCUUGUCACCGACAGUUUCGAAAGAGCCAACUCCUGACGCGACAGAUAUUACUGAAACUACCCCUAAAUUUGAUAUUUACUCCGAUACUAAAAGAACAUUUGAAUUAAAAACAAUUAAAGAUACCACUGAUAUAGUGGUUUCUGAACAUUCCUUAUCUGCUACAGUUUCAGUAGUGUCCACCCCUGACACAAAAGAUACAACUGAGACUUCCUCUAUCUCUGACAAACCUAAAGAUAUCAAUAUGAUAUCUGAAAUUACAUCUGAAGAAGUCACAUCUGAUAAAAUAGCUUCAGAACUUUCCUUGUCACCGACAGUUUCGAAAGAUCCAACUCCUGACGCGACAGAUAUUACUGAAACUACCCCUAAAUUUGAUAUUUACUCCGAUACUAAAAGAACAUCUGAAUUAAAAACAAUUAAAGAUACCACUGAUAAAGUGGUUUCUGAACAUUCCUUAUCUGCUACAGUUUCAGUAGUGUCCACCCCUGACACAAAAGAUACAACUGAGACUUCCUCUAUCUCUGACAAACCUAAAGAUAUCAAAAUGAUAUCUGAAAUUACAUCUGAAGAAGUCAACUCUGAUAAAAUAGCUUCUGAACUUUCCUUGUCACCGACAGUUUCGUUAGAGUCAACUCCCGAAGCGACAGAUAUUACUGAAACUACCCCUAAAUUUGAUAUUUACUCCGAUACUAAAAGAACAUCUGAAUUAAAAACAAUUAAAGAUACCACUGAUAAAGUGGUUUCUGAACAUUCCUUAUCUGCUACAGUUUCAGUAGUGUCCACCCCUGACACAAAAGAUACAACUGAGACUUCCUCUAUCUCUGACAAACUUCAAGAUAUCAACAUGAUACCUAAAAUAACAAAAAAAGAGGACUCCUCUGAUAAAAUAGCUUCUGAACUUUCCUUGUCACCGACAGUUUCGAAAGAGCCAACUCCCGACGCGACAGAUAUUACUGAAACUACCCCUAAAUUUGAUAUUUACUCCGAUACUAAAAGAACAUCUGAAUUAAAAACAAUAAAAGAUACCACUGAUAAAGUGGUUUCUGAACAUUCCUUAUCUGCUACAGUUUCAGUAUUGUCCACCCCUGACACAAAAGAUACAACUGAGACUUCCUCUAUCUCUGACAAACUUCAAGAUAUCAACAUGAUACCUAAAAUUACAACAAAAGAGGAUUCCUCUGAUAAAAUAGCUUCUGAACUUUCCUUGUCACCGACAGUUUCAAAAGAGCCAACUCCUGACGCGACAGAUAUUACUGAAACUACCCCUAAAUUUGAUAUUUACUCCGAUACUAAAAGAACAUCUGAAUUAAAAACAAUUAAAGAUACCACUGAUAAAGUGGUUUCUGAACAUUCCUUAUCUGCUACAGUUUCAGUAGUGUCCACCCCUGACACAAAAGAUACAACUGGGACUUCCUCUAUCUCUGACACACCUAAAGAUAUCAAAAUGAUAUCUGAAAUUACAUCUGAAGAAGUCACCUCUGAUAAAAUAGCUUCUGAACUUUCCUUGUCACCGACAGUUUCGUUAGAGUCAACUCCCGAAGCGACAGAUAUUACUGAAACUACCCCUAAAUUUGAUAUUUACUCCGAUACUAAAAGAACAUCUGAAUUAAAAACAAUUAUGGAUACCACUGAUAUAGUGGUUUCUGAACAUUCCUUAUCUGCUACAGUUUCAGUAGUGUCCACCCCUGACACAAAAUAUACAACUGAAACUUCCUCUAUCUCUGACAAACCUCAAGAUAUCAACAUGAUACCUAAAAUAACAACAAAAGAGGAUUCCUCUGAUAAAAUAGCUUCUGAACUUUCCUUGUCACCGACAGUUUCGAAAGAGCCAACUUCCGAAGCGACAGAUAUUACUGAAACUACCCCUAAAUUUGAUAUUUACUCCGAUACUAAAAGAACAUCUGAAUUAAAAACAAUUAUGGAUACCACUGAUAUAGUGGUUUCUGAACAUUCCUUAUCUGCUACAGUUUCAGUAGUGUCCACCCCUGACACAAAAGAUACAACUGAGACUUCCUCUAUCUCUGACAAACUUCAAGAUAUCAACAUGAUACCUAAAAUAACAAAAAAAGAGGACUCGUCUGAUAAAACAGCUUCUGAACUUUCCUUGUCACCGACAGUUUCGAAAGAGCCAACUCCUGACGCGACAGAUAUUACUGAAACUACCCCUAAAUUUGAUAUUUACUCCGAUACUAAAAGAACAUCUGAAUUAAAAACAAUUAAAGAUACCACUGAUAUAGUGGUUUCUGAACAUUCCUUAUCUGCUACAGUUUCAGUAGUGUCCACCCCUGACACAAAAGAUACAACUGAGACUUCCUCUAUCUCUGACAAACCUAAAGAUAUCAAAAUGAUAUCUGAAAUUACAUCUGAAGAAGUCACAUCUGAUAAAAUAGCUUCUGAACUUUCCUUGUCACUGACAGUUUCGAAAGAGCCAACUCCUGACGCGACAGAUAUUACUGAAACUACCCCUAAAUUUGAUAUUUACUCCGAUACUAAAAGAACAUCUGAAUUAAAAACAAUUAAAGAUACCACUGAUAAAGUGGUUUCUGAACAUUCCUUAUCUGCUACAGUUUCACUAGUGUCCACCCCUGACACAAAAGAUACAACUGAGACUUCCUCUAUCUCUGACAAACCUAAAGAUAUCAAAAUGAUAUCUGAAAUUACAUCUGAAGAAGUCACCUCUGAUAAAAUAGCUUCUGAACUUUCCUUGUCACCGACAGUUUCGAAAGAGCCAACUCCUGACGCGACAGAUAUUACUGAAACUACCCCUAAAUUUGAUAUUUACUCCGAUACUAAAAGAACAUCUGAAUUAAAAACAAUUAAAGAUACCACUGAUAAAGUGGUUUCUGAACAUUCCUUAUCUGCUACAGUUUCAGUAGUGUCCACCCCUGACACAAAAGAUACAACUGAGACUUCCUCUAUCUCUGACAAACCUAAAGAUAUCAAAAUGAUAUCUGAAAUUACAUCUGAAGAAGUCACCUCUGAUAAAAUCGCUUCUGAACAUUCCUUGUCACCGACAGUUUUGAUAGAGUCAACUCCCGACGCGACAGAUAUUACUGAAACUACCCCAAAUUUGAUAUUACCUCCGAUACUAAAAGAACAUCUGAAUUAA